GAGGCGCGCAUUGCGGAGGGCGCGGAGCGCAGGAGCCGCCGCCUGCUGGAUCCGAAGGGGCAGCACGCGCCCCCGGGAGCGUCCUCGCCUCCUCUCCGAGGCAGCCGCGGGCUCGGUGAGCUGUUUUUUCCCUCGGGCCGGCAGGCUGGGCGCGCAGGGGCGCGGGCCCCCGCCCGGCGCGCAGCGGCACCAUGGGCACGGUGCUAUCCCUGUCCCCCAGCUACCGCAAGGCCACGCUGUUUGAGGAUGGCGCCGCCACGGUGGGCCACUACACGGCCGUGCAGAACAGCAAGAAUGCCAAGGACAAGAACCUGAAGCGGCACUCCAUCAUCUCCGUGCUGCCCUGGAAGAGGAUCGUGGCCGUGUCGGCCAAGAAGAAGAACUCCAAGAAGGUGCAGCCUAACGGCAGCUACCAGAACAACAUCACGCACCUCAACAAUGAGAACCUGAAGAAGUCGCUGUCGUGCGCCAACCUGUCCACUUUCGCCCAGCCCCCACCGGCCCAGCCGCCUGCCCCUCCUGCCGGCCAGCUCUCGGGCUCCCAGACUGGGGUCUCCUCCUCCGUCAAGAAGGCCCCGCACCCUGCCGUCACCUCCGCGGGGACGCCCAAACGGGUCAUUGUUCAGGCGUCCACCAGCGAGCUGCUGCGCUGCCUGGGCGAGUUUCUCUGCCGCCGGUGCUACCGCUUGAAGCACCUGUCCCCCACGGACCCUGUGCUCUGGCUGCGCAGCGUGGACCGCUCACUGCUUCUGCAGGGCUGGCAGGACCAGGGCUUCAUCACGCCGGCCAACGUGGUCUUCCUCUACAUGCUCUGCAGGGACGUGAUCUCCUCCGAGGUGGGCUCGGACCACGAGCUCCAGGCCGUGCUGCUGACCUGCCUGUACCUCUCCUACUCCUACAUGGGCAACGAGAUUUCCUACCCGCUCAAGCCCUUCCUGGUGGAGAGCUGCAAGGAGGCCUUUUGGGACCGAUGUCUCUCCGUCAUCAACCUCAUGAGCUCCAAGAUGCUGCAGAUCAAUGCUGACCCACACUACUUCACACAGGUGUUCUCCGACCUGAAGAACGAGAGUGGCCAGGAAGACAAGAAGCGGCUCCUCCUUGGGCUGGAUCGGUGAGCCCUGUGGCCUGCAUCAUGGCUCAAGGAUUCACUUCAUUUAAAAAAAUUUAGUAUUCAACAAAUCAGAUUUUAUGUACAGUAUGUGUCUAGCAAAGCCACCGAGGGCCUCUCCCGGCCAACCUUCUCUCCUUGGGGUUUUCUUCAGCCCUGCCAAGCACUCGGGGCGUUUUUGAACUCCCGAACCUUGUGUGAAACCCAGAAGAUGUAUUCAGAGCCCAGUCCCCAGCUUUCUACUUUGGGGAAUUCAAAGGACUGGCUUGCCUUUGCCACCAGCGCCCUUGCUGGACCAGGGCAGGUGAGGCUCUCCAUUGCUCCCUGCACGGGAGCUGCAGAGGGGCCUCUGGCCUGUCGGCCUAGGGAGGAAUUGGCGCUCCUGGGUGGGGGCUGUUUUCUGGCUCCUGCCUUGGGUUGUCCACUCCCCCAGAGGCUCCUGGAGCAGCCGCCCUGACUGAGCCGCACGUGGGCUUGUGAGGCGUGAUGCCUCCUUCAUCUGGGAGAUGCCGGCCAGGUGCCAAGGUUCUGUCCUGUUGUUUGGCUGCCCACAACCCUGGUUUGCUCUUUUUUCUUCUUUAGGGAGAAGGGCUUUCUUUAGUGGAGACACAAAACUUGCCCCUCAGUCCCCUUGUCCCCUGCUCCCAGCUGUGUUGGCAAUGAGCUGGUUUGACUCAAGUGUUUUUUUAUUUUGGGUCCCAGCUAAAGAGGUGGGGUGAAGCUGGGGACACUCCUUUCCUGGUGAGUGUUUCAUUUGGAUAAUGCAGCUUAGUCACCCGUGGUGAGGGCCAGGACCGCUGCAGGUGCCCACUAUCGACAGCUUGCCUUGCGGGGGUGCCGUGCCUGAGACCGAGCCAGUGCCCACGGAUGGCCACGGCCGCCUCUUGCUGGGGCACAUAGUUCUGCAGAGCUGGGGGGUGGGGGGUGGUAAUGAUACACCCCUGCCCCCACCCAUACCCCUUUUAAUUUAAAGCUGUUUCCAGACUGUUCUGAAGACGAAGCCUUGCCCCACAAAGCCGAGUGAGGCAGCUGGAUCUUGGAGACAAUUACAAGAGAGGAGUGGGACUCCUGCCUGCUUUGGAAGCCCGCUGAUUGUACAACUCAUCAUUUGCAGCUGCUGGUUUUGGUUUCCACUUCAGUCGCUGUAAAAACACACGAUGGUACUUAAUCAAUUUUCUUUCUAAUUCUCCCAGAUUGGUGGCUUGGGACUUGGGAGAGGACCAAGAGAAGGGAGCGAGUCUUCCUCUAGGGCCCAUCGCCCUGGCUUUGGGGAACAAAGACCAGUGUCAAGGCUACAGAGAAUCCUCUCUUGCCAGUCCCCCAGGGAGUGCUGGAAUGGGGGACUUACGGGGAGGCAGAGGGUCAUUUUACAUAGGAUUAGGUCCCAGGUGGCUGCCGAUUUUUCAGCACAAGCACUACUGAAAUUCACGUGAAAAAGAACAAGCUGUGAAAUUGAGGUCCGGGUUUAAGAGGCCUGGAGCAGAGCCUGCCGCCCGUGGUGCCCGCAUGCGAGGAAGCGGGCCUGCCCCCGCGUGCAGCAGAGCACUGGCCCCAGCUGCGCCCCGGGGCCCACGCCGAGCCUCCCCCGGACUGCCGGCUAAUCUGAUGCAGGGCUGGAAGGAAGCUGUCGUUGCUGCUGGCACGGACUUCUCCGCGGCGCCUCCUCUCUGCUGGGCUUGUCACACGUCGUGUCUGUUCAGAUCCUGUGACCACGUGUGACCUGAGUGAGGUAGGAGGCCCAGUGGGGCAGGGGGUCCUGGCGGCAUGAAGAGGGUGGUUCGGUGCCGAGUCUCCGGAGGAGGGGCACGUGUUUGCAGUCACUUGUCCGGCUGGCUGAACCUGGCUUGAAACUGUGCAGUUACGUUGCAUCUACAGGAUUCCAGUUUUGUGUGUUUCCUUCUCUUUCUCCAUAUUUAUUUUUUUAUUUUUUGGAAGCGGUGCAAAUUUCAGGAGUGGCUGGGGACUAAGGAAGUAACUCUGGGUCCAUCGGUGUGAAGAAGCCUGUUGUGUUCUCCUCCCUCCCCUUGCACUGGUCAUCAGUAUUGUGUAAAGGGACUGAUACACUUGAGUGUGCAAGCAAUGAAUCCAUUUGACAUGCUGCUAUGAAGACUACUUUUAGAACAACAAAAAAAGGAAAAAACUAACCGACAAAAAAAAAAAAAAACCUUUAUUCUUUAAUUGUUGCUUUUACAGUGAUAUUGUGCAUGCAGACCAGGAGCAUUUUGUGUCUUAAGAAAAAUAAUCUUAGAACAGAUGGCUGUGAAAAUUACACCCGUGCACAGAACAAGUCACAGGAAUAAUAGUUCAGGAUUUGGUUUUUCUUUCUUGUAAAGCUGAAGGGUUGAUAUAUUCUUUCCAUGCAGUUAUUAGAAUUUAGUUUCGUUCCAACAGUUGUUAAACUUGCAAUGAAAAGAAAAUGUGCCAUUUUUUUCACACGGAAAUUUUCAUAGCUGUAUAUUUGAAACUGCUAAUUACACAAUGUGCGAUGUAUGUUGUUUUUUAGUGCAAUUUCUUCUGUAGCUAUUCUUUGACCAAACUGUGGGUAUUGUUGAUAUUAAUUUAUAUUUGUCUCAUUUUGUAUGUAUGUGUAGUGUGUUUGUAAGUGUGUGUGGUUUAUAAUCUGACAAGGUCAUGGAGCUCAGUUUGGCUGUAAUUUAAUUCCCCUUCCCUUAUUUUUAUUUAUUUUUGUA